GUGGCUUGUGCAGGAAUUAUUUAUUCAAUUGAUGAGCCAGACUUGAUUGCAAAUUGGUGAUUAUUUCGCACUGAGCUGCCGCAGCUGGCUUUCUGAAGUUUGCUUUCCGCGCGACCGAAUCGCAACGUUGGCAUAUUUUAUGAUUGCCAGAGUACACACAGCCUUAUCCCAACCGUCCGCGGACUGAUCGGAGAAGAUGUUGCGGAUUUUUGUUUGCCUUUUGGGACUGCUCCUCGGAGCGUCCCGGAGUGGAGCUCUGAAUCCAUCGUUUGACAAGGAAACCUUGGCUCUUCAGGUCGCAAUGACAGAUUGGAAAUCAAAAGAUUCGAUCCACGAGCUUAUUUCGGUUAUGCAAGACCAAAUCCCGAUGACUGUAUCUCCGAAAUGCAACAGUGCCGUUAGAAAUUUUGUGUUCGACCUCAUGCAGAAAGAAAUGUAUGCCGUCAGAAUGGUAGACGCAUUCGGGAAAACUCCUUCCGGAUUAAUGUUGGGGCAUCUACUUAUUUUUGGACACUUUGACCAGUGUCUGGGAGUGAGAAGAUUUAACGCGACGACCGGACAGGAUGAGCAGGCUGCCAACUAUUGUUUGGUCCGUCUGCACGAGCCAUCCAUCGCUGCUCGAUUGCCAGCGCUUCCUGCUUAUGGUGCUUGUCUUCCACUCGAAUGUGCCAAUCCAUCUGACGCCGAAGGUUUCGUCACCGGGCUCUUCAAGCCUCUGCGAGCGGCUGCUAACCUGAAUGCUGUCCAGGGUAUCUGUGUCACGCCGUUGGCGAAAACCCCGGGAUUCUACGUCAUGAUCUCAAUUUGCGUCCUGAUUUUGAUCGUGGUAAUUGCCGCUGGCGUGGUCCAUUGUGCAUUUCGCCGAAGAUACGACACAGGAAAGGGCUUGAACGGCACGGAGAUACCAUUACAACAGCCGUCUGUAGAGAUCUACACCCAGAAAACAGCAACAAAUGGAACCACUGUCGUGCAGCACACUGAAAUCACUAAGAAGCCGAAGUUCGGUUACGCUAACAUCCCUACUUUCCUUCGCCCGCUUUUAUGUUUCCACAUUCCGACGAACCUUUCCUCAAUUGGAGCAAUGGCCGGUGAGGGUGAAAUUGCCUUCCUACAUGGGUUUCGAGUGUUGAGCAUGUGGUGGAUCAUUCUUGGUCAUACUUACUAUCUGGGAAUGAAUUUCGUCGCAAACCGGCUAAUGCUUUACUUCAAGGCCCGAACUCUAACCUUCCAGCUGAUUCUCAAUGCUGGAUAUGCUGUGGAUAGCUUUUUCCUCCUGAGCGGAUUGUUGAUAACGUAUGUGUUGGUGCGGGAGCUGACGAAAAACAAUGGGAAAUUGAACUGGAUUGUGGUCUAUUUUCAUCGUUGGUGGCGGCUGACUCCUGUUUACGUUUUCGUCAUGAUGUUCUACGUGUAUGUGAUGCCGCACGGAAUUGAAAGCCCAUGGAAGCUGCUGAUUGCUCAACAAGGCGCGCCGACUGAAUACUGCAAGAGCUACUGGUGGUCAAAUAUUUUAUAUAUCAACAACUUCUUCCCAGUGUACAGAAAAGGACAGUGCAUGAAUUGGACGUGGUUCCUUGCCCUGGACAUGCAGUUCUUCAUCAUAACUCCGAUUAUUGUGUUCAUUAUGUACAAGUCUUACCGUGCGGGAGCAGCAAUUGUCGGUGUUAUCGUGGUGGCUUGUGUGGCGACAACGAUGGCCAUUAUUGGUUCAUAUAAUCUUCCAAUCCACAUGUUCCAAGAGCCUGUGACGUAUAAUGUCACGAUUCAGAAUGCUCAGAUUAACGGAUCAUGGGUUUCUGGCCAUCUUGAUGGUGCUUUCUAUGAAGGGCCGGCUCCGUGGUAUAUUGAAUCGCAAUAUCCGGCUGUUUACAACAAUCAAACCCAUAAUAACGAUACAAUUUUGGCCGUGCGAAAUUACGAAAAAGAUGUGGAUUACAUUUAUGAAAAGCCGUACACGCGCAUCACCCCUUUCGUCAUCGGCAUCCUCCUGGGCUUUAUGUUCGCUCGCCGGCCGACGUACAAGUUCUCUAAGGGCGGAAAACUGAUUGCGGGUGCAGGAUGGUUGGUGAGCACGGUUGUUGCGCUGCUGCUGUUGUUCGGUUUCCACUUGGCCGACCGCUUCAACAUGAUGCCUCCCAUUCAAACCAUGAGUCUGAGCGCACGAAUCAUCUAUGGAGGUCUGCAGCGGCUGGGUUGGAGCGCGGUAUGCGCCUGGAUUCUCUUCGCCUGCAAUUAUGGUUAUGGCGGUUACGUGACCAAGAUCCUGUCUCUGCGAUUCUGGCGACCGUUCAGCAAUUUAACCUACGGGGCGUAUUUGGUGCACAUGCUGACCCUACAGCUGUAUUUUGCCAGCCAGCGUUCUAUGAUCUUCUUCUCCACAAUCAACUUCAUCACAGUCUUUCUGUCUCAAAUCUUCUUGGCGUAUGGUGCUGCCUUGUUCUUUGCCGUGCUGAUUGAAGUGCCGCUUCUUCGCCUGGAACGACUGAUUCUUAAGAAGACUUUGUAAUAGUUAUUGCUCAUUGAAUUUGGCGGCAUUUCAAGACAUUUGCUUAUAUUUUUGCCGAUCCCUUGAUUAUUGUUAAUCCAUGACCUGAAAGGCGCCACAUACUCCGUUCGACCCUGUCCAAAAUCCGACACCCUGCUCAUUAUUUUUGUUCUUUUAAGUCGUUUUUGUUUUUUUUCUAAAUGUUUUACGCGUGUUUUAGUGUAUUUUUAAUGCCAGUUGGAAUUUGUCUGGAUGUUGAGUAGAUCAUGAACUCUUUUGGACCAAAGUGCCUUUCAUUAGCAGUUACAUGUUGCAGUGCUUCCUAUGUGUUCCCUUUCGUUGACCUUAUUUCUCUGCCACUGCUUUUCGGUAUCUCGGUAUCAUCAAUCGGUGCUUUAGUUUCUUGUAGCGUUUUGCUGGUUUUAUUUAAUUAUAGGUUAGCAAAGUUGAUGGUUUUUUGGCGAUGACGAGUUUUCCGUCCCUUAUUUUUUGUUAUAAACUUGGGGGGUUAUGAAUAAACAGACAUACAAAUGAUAA